AUGCAGGCACCCUCGCUCAGAUAUUUUUCACUGGAUAAUCGCCUCCUCGAUGAGGAGGAAACGGGCAAGUUCCUAACUAGUAUAGAUUUCGCGAACUUCCUCGAGAGCGUGCCAUCUAUCACUCAUCUAGAACUACUCAUCGGCUGGCGGUCGGUUAUAGACGAAGGAAUUUUCCAUCGCAUAAUUCUUCGUCCAAAUCUCGAAAUGCUCAGUCUGGGACAGGAUAUACCACUACGCUGGGAAACGAUAGCUCGAAUUGCGAAUGAACUCCCCCAGACUCGCCUGUUUCCGGCGCUACGGUACCUGGACAUUGCGGCAGAAGACAAGGUACUGAGAUUUCUCUUACCAAAACUAGUGAAUUUGCAAGGAGUCUCUCUUAACCAGACCAAUCCGUCUUUGCACCCCGGAGACCACGUUCUUGGCACCCUAUCAUCCUGUUCGCGCAUGGAAGAUAUCGUUUUCGAGAGCGAUCAUACAACUGUGAUCACCAACACAUUCCUGAAGCUCGCUGCAAACUGCCCCGAGCUUCGGAAAUUUGAAUUGGGGGAUACUUGCCAAUGUGACCAUGGCUUCACGGAUGGAUUGCUGGAGACGUUGGCAUCUCGGUGGAAGUAUCUGACUACUUUGAACUUUCCAUUUGCUGCAAAACUCUCCAUUGGGUCCCUUGUGUCUCUAGCUCGUCACUGCCCGCGUCUGUAUGAUGUGAAACUUAUGGCAGACUUGGAGCUCCAUGACCUUGCCCAUGAAUCUACAGAUAUUACCUUCCCAUGCUUGGAUGCCUUGGAACUUGGCCAUAUCACGACUUCCAUGCUGCAAUCCGAUCGCGAUGCCAUGAAGUGUCGAGAUCAGAUAUCGGGGCUCCUCGACGAUCGAUUCCCUCUUCUCUACACAUUCCGCUUUACGCCCAGGACUGACAAUGAGCACAGUCGGAUACUCCAGCGUGCAAUGAAUCAUCACUUCAGGACUACAAGGUCGGCUGCUGUGGACCUGAGACCCACGCCGGUGGUCUCCAAGUUAACUAGGCGGCUAAUAGAGCCCAUCGCUGGCAGUCGAUACAAUCCUACAUUUUGA